ACUAACAAGUAACAAGUUCCACGCAGUUCGACGGAGGGGACACACGCUUGUUAUCGGUCCACCAUUAGUUGCUUUAUAAUUUACCUUCUAUCAAGGAGUGAAUGCGGAACGUGCCAGAGCUUGAGUGGCAAUUGUUGCAAUCAUCUCAUUGAGCAUAAACAAACCAAUUGCUAAAAUGCAGCCUAGAUGGCUGUCCGUGGUGUGCUGCGUUUCCAUUUUUGUGGUCAACGGGUAUGCAGCCGCAGUGCCAACACAAGAUACAUUUGUAGUCGCUAAGGCUGAAGGCGAAGGCACUGAAACAUCAGAAGUGACUACAGAGGAGCCAAGUGCACCAAUCAAGCUGACGAAAAUGGAGGUGAACUCCGAGGUAUCGCUGCGUUACGCACACACCGCCGUCGUCACCUACGUCCGCAACCCCUCGCGCCGUUCCCAACAAGCUACGUUUCACGUACUUUUGCCAGAAACCGCAUUCAUAAGCGGAUUCGUUAUGAGACUAAGCGGGAAAUCUUAUAAAGCCUAUGUAAAGGAAAAAGAAGAAGCUAAGAAAAUCUACAGUGAGGCUGUCUCUCAAGGAAUUGGUGCUGCUCAUAUAGCAGCUAAGGCCCGAGAUUCAAACCACUUUACAGUGUCAGUAAACGUGGAGCCCAACACCGAGGCGAUGUUCAACCUGACCUACGAAGAGUUGCUAGUGCGACGCAACGGAGUGUACAACCACGCCAUCAACCUACAUCCUGGCGCGCUCGUGCCCAAGAUGGAGGUGACCGUGCACAUCAAGGAAUCGCAGAAGAUCUCGCUGCUGAGGGUUCCGGAAGUGAGGACCGGAAAUGAAAUUGACGCUACCGAGAAUGACGCUCAUAAUUCGAAGGUUGUUAUACAAAAGAGCGAUGAUGAAAAAGAGGCGACCAUAACUUUUACACCUGAUCUCGAAGAACAAAAACGACUAAUGGCUGUUUAUGCGGACAAGAUCAAAGAGUCAGCAUCAUCAUCACACAACUGGUACUCGAGACAAAGUGAUGACGAUAAAACGACUGGUGUCCUCGGACAGUUUGUCGUUCAAUAUGACGUGAUCCGUCCCGAAAAGGGGGAAAUUUUGGUAAACGACGGUUACUUCGUACACUUCUUCGCACCGCAAGAGCUGACGCCGCUGAGUAAACUCGUGGUGUUCGUGUUAGAUACGUCUGGCUCGAUGAGCGGCCGUAAGAUAAAGCAGCUUCGUUCCGCUAUGCACGCCAUUCUCGCCGAUCUGCGUGUCACUGAUUACUUUAGCAUCGUCGAGUUUAACAGCAAUGUUAAGGUACACAAACUUGCGGAAGCGCUCGAGGAGCCAUCACGACCGCAUUACGAAUGGAGCGCCGUGGAGUUGCCCGUGACGCUCGUGUCGCCCGCGCUCGCCACGCCCGACAAUAUUGCUAAGGCGCAAGUCAUCAUAUCUAGGCUCUCUGCUGGUGGCGGAACCAACAUCCACAAAGCUCUCGACGUAGCUGUAGAUGUCAUUAAUAAGGCAUAUAAACCAAGUCAAACCGACUCCAGCACUGCCGUCAAUCAGACGACAACAGAAACGGUAGAAAGAAUUAAUGAUGAGUUACAGCCGAUUAUCAUCUUCUUGACCGACGGUGAUGCGACCAUGGGAGAGACUAACCCGACACGUAUUCUUUCUUACAUCACCGAGAAAAACGCUGGCGAGAAGAAGGCUUCAAUUUAUUCCCUCGCUUUCGGUCAGGACGCGGACCGCGACUUACUUCGCAAGCUGUCGCUGCGCAACGAAGGCUUCAUGCGCCAGAUCUACGAGGCGGCCGACGCGGCGCUGCAGUUGCGACACUUCUACCAGCAAGUCUCGUCGCCGCUGCUGGCGCACGUCAAAUUUGUCUACCCGCCCAACCAGGUCAAAGCUGGGUCAGUGACACGACACACGUUCGAUGCGAUGUUCGCGGGUGGGGAGACGGUAGUGGCGGGCAAGCUGGAGCCGGGCGUGCAGGAGCUGGACCCACAAGUGACCGCCUUCUGCUCGGACGACGACCACCAUGGCAGGAAACGUUACGAAGUGAAGAAUAAGGUGAAAGUGAGUGAGAAGAAGGAGGAAUACCUUCCACUGGAGAGGCUGUGGGCGUACCUCAGUAUCAAACAGCUUUUGGACGAGCGAGACGCACACGAGCAAGAUGCCACCAAAGAAGAGAACAGUCCCGAGAAGCGUGCAUUGGCCAUAGCUCUUAAGUAUGAAUUUGUGACGCCGUUAACCUCACUUGUAGUGGUGAAACCAAAUGCUACCAGUGCUGUGGAUACGGAGUCCGCUGACAAGCCUGCGUAUGCCUUGCCGCAACGACCCUUCCUUCAGCCAAUAUUCGGCGCCGUUCCACUUAGUUCUUCCUUCGCUUCUUCAUCUUUAGGCUUGAAUUCUGGCCCCCUAGUAUUGAGCGGGCAAGCAUACCAACUUGCUCUCGGCGGAGCCGAUGACUUGCAACUAGAGGAGGAGGACCCAGAAUUAGGUAUGGGUUAUUCAAGUCGUUCAGAAAAUCGAGGCUUCGUAAGAUAUGCAAUUCCACAAUCUGCAUCUUAUGGCCUUGACCUACCAGACGGAUUUUUGGUCAGGCGAAAAGAGGCUAUGCAUUCUAUCACCUAUUUCCAUCCUACUACUGCUGUCAUUCCGUGGUUCACCUCGCCGGCUCCUGCCGUUGCCACGACUGAAUCUCUGGAAGAGGCCUAUCACUUACAAGGCUACAGUUGGGCAUUGAACCUGAUUGACAGCAAUACUAAUUCAUUGGAGUUUGUAGCAAAUGGGAAGAAUGUUACACUAGAACUUUCAAAGUCUAACACUGUCCCUAAGGCGAGCGACGGCGACAGCGAGUGCGCGCACGGAGCGGACGAGGCGGCGGGCGCGGAGGGCGGCGUGUGCGUGUAUCUCACGCGCUGCGUCGCCGCCAGAGACAUCAGCGUCGACGAGUACCGCAAUAAGUACUGCAUCGUCGAAAACAAAUACGCUGGAGUCUGCUGUCCGAGGAGCAAAGUAGAUACAACAACACCUUGACCUUAAAAAGGAUAUCCUAUUAAGAAAAAUAUUUACAUCACUUCAUAUGUAAAGUGCCAUUUUAAAGAUAAUUAUUGUUAAAAGGUGCAUUUAGGAAUAAGUUUUAUA